AUGUCGAAUCUUCACAAGGCACUGGACGAGAAACUCGUCAGAGUCGGCAUACUUGGUGCUACGGGCACCGUCGGACAGCGCUUUAUCACCCUACUCUCCAAUCAUCCAUGGUUUAUCAUCCACGCCCUCGGCGCAUCUCCCAGAUCAGCUGGAAAGCCUUACGCCAAGGCAGCCAACUGGAAACAGACCACACCGAUACCCUCCAACGUCCGAGAGAUCAUCGUGCAAGAAUGCAAACCCGAGCACUUCAAAGACUGUGCCAUCGUCUUCUCUGGGCUGGAUGCUGAUGUGGCGGGUGAUAUAGAGGGUGCGUUCAGAGCCGCCGAUCUGGCCGUGUUCUCCAACGCCAAAAAUUAUCGGAGGGACCCCUUAGUCCCUCUUAUCGUACCGCUUGUUAAUGAUUUCCACCUUUCCAUGAUCCCCCAGCAACAAGCCCAGCAUCAGCCCCCGCUCCAGAAGGGCUUCAUUCUUACCAACGCCAAUUGUUCCACCACUGGCCUGGUGGUGCCCCUCCGCGCCCUCGAAAAAUCAUUUGGGCCUAUUGAGGCUUGCUUCGUCACUACCAUGCAGGCCAUAUCUGGCGCUGGCUACCCUGGUGUGUCGAGCCUUGACAUCAUCGACAACAUUGUUCCCUACAUCGGUGGCGAAGAAGAAAAGAUGGAAUGGGAGACGCUCAAGAUUCUUGGAGGGAUUUCCGAAGAAGAUGGGCAAAAGGCAUUCGACAUGCACUCGCGCUACCCCCUCCGCGUUUCUGCUUCGUGCAAUCGCGUCCCCGUUAUCGACGGCCAUACCAUGACCGUCUCAGUUCGCUUCUCGCGUAGACCACCUCCCAGCCCACAGCAGGUUCGCGAAGCACUCGUUGCAUAUACCCCUGCAGCGCGGUCCAUGGGGUGCCCUUCUGCUCCCGCACAUGCUAUAUUCGUGCAUGAGGAGCCAGAUCGCCCCCAGCCUCGUCUGGAUCGCUAUUACCAAGACGGUGCUGGUGUUUCCGUGGGCCGUGUACGUCAAUGCCCCGUCUUAGAUAUCAAAUUUGUCGUGCUGGCGAACAACGUGUCUAUCGGCGCUGCGACAAGCAGUAUCAUCAACGCAGAGCUGGCGGUCCUUAAAGGCGUUGUAAAACUGCCAAUUAACUGA